AUGUCGACGCUGAGGUAUACGGCGACCCGCUGUCUUAGGGACAUACGGCCGACAGCAAAGUCGCAAUGGGGCGCGACACUCGCCAUCAGAUCCAAGAAGCAGACCCCUGCCGGUGCCGUCGUCUCCAGGGCCAUCUCGACAACGACGCCAAAGUUGGCCAUUGAGACCAAUGACAACAACACAUCUGAGUCCGCAUCAGAAUUCGCAGCACUCGGGGCAGGAGCCGCACAGAACUCAGCAGCACCCGAAGGCAGCUCCCGUUUGACGCCAUCGCUGAGCACUCUACACGCGCCGUUCGCCCGCGCAGUGCCCGUCUCGCCCUCAUACUUUUCUAGACAGCCGUACUUUAUGGAUAGUUUUGUAGAGGUACAGGAACUGGCCCGGAAAUAUGCGCGCCUGCCGACCUUGCCCAAAGACAAGGUGACGCCCGUGGCAUGGCGAACGAGGCAACAGUACCGCUUGGCAUCGGGUGAGCAGGUCAAGGGAAAGGACUAUGCACAAUGUUUGGGUCUGGUGAAGCGCCUCAACCAAAUUCACCCAGAUCUCAUGCCCGAGGACGUCAUCAAGGGUAUUUCGAUAUUCAAACGCGACGUCAACCACUACCUGAACAGGCCAAAGUUCCUGCCGGUGGACAAGUUUGGCCGAGCCCUGGGAGUUGGCAAGAGGAAGAGCUCCAUCGCUCGUGCCUACGUUAUUGAGGGAACGGGUGAGGUAUUCGUGAAUGGCAAGCCUUUGACCGACGCAUUCGGCAGAGUUCACGAUCGCGAGUCCGCCAUGUGGGCUCUCAAAUCCACCGAGCGUAUGGACAAAUACAAUGUAUGGGCCACCGUAACUGGUGGUGGCACGACUGGUCAGGCCGAGGCAAUGACCUUGGCCGUAGCCAAGGCCCUGUGUGUUCACGAGCCGGCCCUUAAGAACCCAUUGAGACGAGCCGGAUGUAUUACACGUGAUCCCAGAGCUGUUGAGAGAAAGAAGCAUGGUCACGUCAAGGCUAGAAAGAUGCCUACCUGGGUCAAGCGAUAA